ACACGUCCCCAUCGAAGAGGAAAAUUUACGGCAAUUUUCCAGCUGUUUCAACUUUCAACAUACAUUUGCCGCUGCUGCAAUGGCCGAGAGCAAAGACACCGAUGUGGUUUCUCUGUUUUCCACACCAUGGAAUGAAAGCGAUGUAGUAUUACGAGUCGAACACGCGUUGGAAGAAGCGAUUGAACUGAAAGACGACAAAUACGAAGCAAUGAUUUCUUUUUUGAUGUUGUUCUACCCAGCAAACAUGUUGUACGAACAUGAAGCCAUUCUUAACGACAAUAAUAUUCUUCAAGUUAUGGAACUUGCAGAUAAAUACGAAGCAACAAAUGUCAUCAAACAGUGUAUGAAAAACGUAAGGAAAAUUCAGCCUAAAACAGCAAUGCAUCUCUUACCGUUUGCUGAGAGAAAUCAAUUGCCUCUUGAAGAAAUAUUUGAUGUCAUUAAAAAGCAUGUUUCAAUGGAUGAUCUAAACAACUUUUCACAAAAUUUGAGCAGCGAAGUUUUAGCCAUGGUAAUGUUAACUAAAGGUAAACAUUUGGAGGAUAUAAUAAAAGAGACUCAAACGCUGAUCAAUAAAAUGAGGAACCAAAGCCAAUCAAUCAAUCGAAAUAAUUUUACUUCAGGAACUCUAACCUUUGGUGGAAUACCGCAAACCCAUUACACUGUGUUCGGCGACUGUUUACAAUAUGACCAAUCUCCUGUACUAUGUGACAUUAAUGACAUUGUAAAAACUUUAAAAUAGGACUGUUUGUAAUUGUAACAAGUAAUGUAAUGAAGUAUCAACUCUUGAUCUGUUCCUGAA